AUGCUAUCCUUUUUUGAAUAUGAUGAGUUAGAAACUGAUUACAAAAGAGUAAUCAAGUAUCCUUUUGUCGUAAGCGAAUUGUUGGGUUCACUUUAUGCAUUAAACGCCAAACAUCUGAAUUUCCUCAUCCAGUUGCUGAAUACCUAAAAUACUCUGCCUUCUAUUACAAUUGGACAUGUGAGUAAAGUCAUUAUGAAUGUACUCAAAACUAAUCCUUGUAUUUUUUGGUAAAAUGUCUAAUUGUCAUAACUAUCCAUUCUCAUACAAGAUAUCAAUAACUAUUCCAUUGCAGAAUUAAUCUAUUCCAUGAUUAUUUAUUAAACACAGGAGAAUCAAUUAGAGCAUAUGGAUAAAAGAAUUGAGUUAGUCAACCAUCUAUUGAAUGAUCUGAACACUGAUAAAUGUGAGGGUAUCUCCAUUGUCAUAUGUAUGGUAUUGAAUCAAAUUACUGAAACACUUCAAGAAUAGAAGUCUCUCAUAAUUAAACAUAUCUUCACUAAACUAGACACUUUUUUAUCUGCCUUGUCCAAUCAUCCAUAACCAAUUUUAAACAUCCUAAUAGGUUUAAUUAAUCACCAGGAGUAAUAUAAAUAAGAAGUCACCUAAAUUUACAAUCGUUUUAUUUAAACAACAAAAGACUUUUUUUAAAACAUACUGAAUAAAGAGAAUACUUUUGGUUUAAAUAAUCUCACAUAUAUUUAAUUUUAUGAUGUACUUACUAAUCAGCCAUACAUUUUAGAGAACAUCAACAGAUAAGAAUUGGCUUAAGCAUUAUUUCAACUAAUACAAAAAUAUUAAUAGCAUAACCAAUUACACAAAUAUGCUACAAACAUUAUACUAAAACUAAUACCUCAAACUGAUACAUAGUAAUUACUAUAGACAGCAAUAUCUGAAUUUAAAAUGAAACCAGUCAAAGAGAAUAGAGGAUAUGUGAUUUAGAUAAUUAAUAAAAUAUAUGAAGUGUCAAAUCAACAAGUUUAGGAAGAAGAACUACAAAAUUAAAACUCAAUUUAGAACAAUUAUUUUUUUGGCCAUGUUCCUGAUUAGAGACCUAUAUUCAAUUUAUAAGAAGAAUUUGAGGCAGCAAUGAAUAAAUUAUAGAUAUGA